CUGUAGUAUUUUUACAUGCAGGGAACAAAAUGUUAGUUGUGGAUCUCUUGCUGUUAAGAAUGGAGAAUAGCUAUAUUCACACAAUUUCUGGGAUAAUCUACUUUCAAUGCCUUUCUUUUUUUGAGAGAGAAUCUUGCCUCAAGCGCAUCUUGUGACUUUUUGCCACUGCGAUGCUUUUGGUGUGGUUGUCUCUCUGAGGAGAGCCGUGGUGUGAAAGUAGUCGGCUGGGGGAGAUACACAGUCACAGGGCAGGACAAAGGGGAAAUGUGUGGGACUACUGGAGUGGCUCGGGGCACCGUUUACUUUUUUUUCUGUCGAACCAUACGGUUACUUUUUUCAUUCCUUAGUUUUGAGUCAUUACUUCCUUAGGUAUUUACUAAGUAUCUGUUUUAAUGCAAAUGUGAUCUUGUUUCUACUUUAAACCUAAUUUUAAUGCCAUGCUUGCUGUUCUAGUGUACACUGAAGACAGUAAAUAAGUGUAUAAUGUGUUUUCUCGUGGCAUAUGCUCAGUGGAGUUUGAGCCCCCAGCUAUAUUUUGGUUUGUGUAACCCCCUUGUGUUCUCCCUCUCAACCCUGAAUGGAAAGCAUUGUGACUUUUUCUCUUCCUGAAUGCUAAAGUGUCGUCCAAACCACUGCGACAGCAUUCUUUAAGAACAACUUUGAAUUUGUGUUGAAGUCUGUUGUGCUGUACAGCUUUUUUCCGGUUCAGAACCUUUGGGGAGUUAAACCUUUACAUUUUUGCACAGAAAUUGUUUCAAGUUAAGUCAGUUUCUAACUUUUAAGUGGGAGUUUAUUCAAAGCGUUUGUGAGAAGAGGCAUAUGGUGAUGUAUAGCGGAAUUCUUCAUCUCAAGGUCAAUGGGUCAUCCACAGCUGUGCUGCCACUCUCUGACUGUGACCAGGCCAUGAAGGAUGGUGCAUUCUCUGAGAAAGAGAAUGAGUUCCGGGGCGAGCUGGUGAACCAGCGGUGGACACGAGGCGAGAGGACCAGCAGCCGCUGCCAGGCCUCCCAGAGACUGCAGAGCCGUCGACCAAUCAUGAUGAGUGUAGAAGGGGACGACAAGCGAACCCGCACUCGGUCCAAAGGAAUCAGAGUUCCUAUUGAGCUUGUAGGACAAGAGCUGAGCUGCUCCACCCCUGGAUGCAAUGGCACUGGCCAUAUCAGUGGGAGAUACUCACGACACAGAAGCAUUCUGGGAUGUCCCAUAGCCAGGAAGCGUCGUCUAGAGGAGGCCGAGCAGGAGCAGGACGCAGAGCUGCCCCCCCCAAAGAGGAGGUCCAACCCCCUGAAACUGGCCCUGGACGAGGGCUUCAGCGCAGAGAGCGACGGCAGCAGCGAGGGGGAGGGAGAGAAGGAUGGAGAGAGAGGAGCAGAGACCAAGGAGGUGGAGGAGGAGGAAGAGGAGGAGGCAGCUGUAGAAGGGGACGAAGAGAAAGAGGACAUGAAACAGAACGGACAGACACACGGACAGGAGGAGGAAGAGACACAGAUGGAGCAGGAAGAGGAGAGGGAAGAAGAGAAGGAGGAGAACACACCUGCCGCUGAUGAAGAGUGUGUGUUCUUGGAGACUGAUCCUGGAGCAGCGCCACCUGCAUCCGAGGAGGUCCAGUCUCCCUCUCAGAGAGCAGAGGAAGUGGCCAACUCGCUCCUCCACCUCGGCCAAAUCUCCCCCAACAAUGAACCCUCCGUGGACAUUCAGCAGCCUGUUGCCGUGGAGACUGAGGAGGAUGUCGCCGUGGCAGCCGAGCGGGGUGAAGAAGUAAAGGACCAGCAUGAAGGGGACAUGAAUGGGGGCGAAGAGGAGGAGGCACAUACAGUUCAAGUAUUGGAGGAGUCAUCUGUUGUGCACAAGGAGGCAGCUGAAGUGGAGGAAGAGGAGUUGAAUGAGGAGGCAGAAGAGAAAGACCAUGUGAGCCCCCUAUAUGUGACCGAAGACCAUGAACAGAUCAAAGAUGGAGAGGAGGAGGAGGAGGAGGAGGAGGAGGAGGAGGAGGAGGAGGAGGAGGAGGAAAAGAUGGCAGCUCCAGCACAGCAAAGUCAGGGCAUUCCAGCAGCAGAAGAGGAGGAGGAGAAAGAGGAAGAGGAGCAACACAGGGAGGUGAACCAAAUUCUGUCCAUUCCUGAUGUGCCAAUCCGCACCAUCACCAGCACCGCCGCCGCUCAGGGAACUCACUCAGAGGCUGAACACCACAGUUUGCUGCAGGACUACAACUCACACAGGGCCAGUCCCCCCCAGAACUACAACUCCCACAGUCCCCUCAACAAGUAUGACUCUCACAAACCCAGCCCGCCUCAGAGCUACAAGCAGAGCCCUCCUCUGAGCUUCAGCUCGCACAGGGCCAGUCCACUGGAGGACUUCUUUCCCAACCUCAGAGGCCAGAACUUUAAGAUCCACAAAGCCGGCUCCUCCGUCUCCCCUGACGUCAUCGAGGUGCGCUCAGACAGGUCUGAGAGGGACUUCGAUGACGUGGACGGGGACGACGAGCUCGACGAUGACAGCCUAUCACAGCGCUCCACCGUGACGGACGAGUCGGAGAUGUUCGACAUAACCCGAGGGAACUUGGGCCUGCUGGAGCAGGCCAUCGCCCUGAAGGCGGAGCAGGUGAAGCCCUCCGGGCCCAGAGAUCUGCUCCGAGCCCCGGACAUCCUCCACCAGCGCUACUUCACCAUGGACGACAGGCCCAAGCACCUGGACAUCAUCCGCAAGAGCUACUUCUGCAAAGAGAGCAGUAGGCAGGAGAAGAGGGAGAUCAAGUGUCCCACCCCAGGGUGUGAUGGGACGGGUCAUGUGACCGGUCUGUACCCCCACCACCGCAGCCUGUCAGGCUGUCCGCACAAGGACAGGAUCCCCCCCGAGAUUCUGGCCAUGCAUGAGAACGUGCUGAAGUGUCCGACACCUGGCUGCACCGGGCAGGGCCACGUUAACAGCAACAGAAACACACACCGCAGUCUCUCCGGAUGCCCCAUCGCCGCUGCAGAGAAGCUGUCCAAGGGCCUCGACAAGCAGCAUCUCUCCCCCCCCGGCAGCGAGCUGCUCAAAGGAAGUCCCAACGACAGGGUGCUAAGGCCCAUGUGCUUUGUGAAGCAGCUGGAGGUGCCUCAGUACGGCAGCUACCGGCCCGACAUGGCGCCCAGCACCCCCCGCGCCAACCUGGCCCGGGAGCUGGAGAAGUACUCCAAGGUGUCCUUCGAUUACGCCAGCUUCGACGCGCAGGUGUUCGGGAGGCGCAUGCUGGCUCCAAAGAUGCACAGCAGCGAUAUGUCACCCAAAGCCUUCAAAACUAAGCCCUCAUUCCCCAAGUCGCCGUCACCCAGCCUCAGUCUCCACGGUUACGGGAAGAGCUCCUCGUUGGCCUAUGACUACUCCCAUGAUGCCGAGGCGGCUCACAUGGCUGCCACCGCCAUCCUCAACCUGUCCACCCGCUGCUGGGAGAAACCAGAGAACCUGAGCACCAAGCCGCAGAGCACCGAGCCGCAGAGCGCCGAGCCGCAGAGCGCCGAGCCGCAGAGCACCGAGCCGCAGAGCACCGAGCCGCAGAGCAAGGAAGUGGACAUCGAGGUGGAUGAGAACGGCACCCUCGACCUGAGCAUGAAGAAGCCCAUCAAGAGGGAGGGAAGUCUGUCCAGCCCCGGGGUCCGCUCCCCGGACCCUUCUUCCUCCUCUUCCUCGCUCCAUCACGAUGGCAGCAGCAUGACGUCUCCGAACCUCCUGACCUACAAGCAGGAGGUGUGGGAGGGCCCUCUGGAUUACACCAAGCCCAACCGCCAGAGGGAGGAGGACCUGGAGGAGAUGGAGCACACGGGCCAGUCGUUUGUCUCGUCAGACGCUGAGGACUGUGACAUGAUGCAGGACUGUCUAGAGGACAGGAAGUACCCGGGAGAGGUCACCACCCCCAGCUUCAAGGUCAAGUUCCUGCCCAAGGACAGCAAGAAAGAUCUUCUCGCGUGCCCUACACCUGGCUGUGAUGGCAGCGGUCACAUCACUGGAAACUAUGCUUCCCAUCGCAGUCUGUCUGGGUGUCCUCUCGCUGAUAAGAGCCUUCGGUCCCUCAUGGCGGCCCACACCCCUGAACUCAAAUGCCCGACCCAAGGAUGUGACGGCUCAGGUCACAUCACCGGAAACUACACCUCCCACAGAAGUAUCUCUGGGUGCCCGCGUGCCAAGAAAAGUGGAAUUAAAACUCCUACCAAGGACAACCAGGAGGACUCCGAGCUUUUAAAGUGUCCGGUGCCGGGCUGCGACAGUCUGGGUCACAUCAGCGGGAAGUACGCCACGCACCGCAGUGCCUACGGGUGUCCGCUGGCCGCCCGCAGGCAGAAGGAGGGCAUGCUGAACGGCACACCCUUCAACUGGAAGGCCUUCAAGACAGAGGGGCCCAGUUGUCCCACCCCAGGGUGCGACGGCUCCGGACAUGCCAACGGGACCUUCCUCACACACCGCAGCCUCUCAGGGUGCCCCAGAGCUUUGUUCGCCAAGAAGAAGGCCAAGUUCUCCUCAGAGGACUAUCUGAGCACGAAGUUCAGAGCCGGUGAUGUUCUGGACAACGAUGAGGACAUCAAGCAGCUCAACAAAGAGAUUAAUGACCUGAAUGAAUCCAACAAUGAAAUGGAGGCAGACAUGGAGAACCUGCAGACUCAGAUCUCCUCCAUGGAGAUGAACCUGAAGAGCAUUGAGCACGAGAACAAGAUGAUCGAGGAGCAGAACGAGGCUCUGUUCAUGGAGCUGUCCGGGCUGAGCUGCGCUCUCAUCCGCAGCCUGGCCAACAUCCGCCUGCCACACAUGCAGGAGCCCAUCACGGAGCAGAACUUCGACAGCUACGUGAGCACGCUGACCGACAUGUACACCAACAAGGACUGCUUCCAGAGCCCCGAGAACAAAGCUCUGCUGGAGAGCAUCAACCAAGCUGUGAAAGGCAUCAAAGUGUGAGGCCUGUCCUGGAGCGCAGGAGCGUGACGGAGGAGACGGAGCGACGGCCAGAUGGAGGAGAGAUGUUGAAAUACUCUACAAUAUAUUGAAAUAUGAUUCAAAAACAAAAAGGGAAUUCAGGUUAUUUAAAUAAAACGGCAACUUUGAAGAAAAAAAAUAAACCCAGGGAGCACUGUUAGAAGAAAAGUGACGCGGACCAAAAUCCACACCAUGCUGCUGCUGGGAGCCUUCAGUCAGGAUGGAUGGGAAGAAGAAUAAUGUUACUACAAACUGCAUCUGGGGAUUUUAUUAUGCUGUAUGUUUACCUGUUGUCUCUUUUGUGUCCUUAACUGUUUUUGGAGAGGGUUUCACUGUUGGGCAGCUUCAUAUCAAACUGAAACUCGGAGGAGCGUGAACACAGGAUUGCCUGAACGUGAAGAGGACGUUUUGACUCUCAGUGCUGUCCUGUCACACACACUGUGGCGAGUGUGUGUGUUCUCCCGAGCUCUCUGAUUCAUGACCACACACGCCCCGGCAAUACGAAGCACGCACUACACUGAAUGUGUGUUUGCUUUGCGGUAUUACUGCGGAAAAGAUGUCAACAGCGCAAUGUUGACUCAGUUUAGCAGGGGGAAAAUAAUCUUCAAGUAAGGUCAUGUGACUAUUCCAGGAACAGUGAAUGGUGUUUCUUUUCCACGGGACAGCCGAUAUCAUGAUUAUACAAGCAUUAGAUUUCCUUUACUGAACUUAUGAUAGUGAUAGUGUGCACACAUUUCAAAUUCAGUUAGUCAUAUCAAUAGUAUUUAUGGACAUAGGAAUUGCACUUCAUUUCAAUGACUAGUUUUUUCGUACAUUAAUUAUUGUUAUAUAUAUUAAUUAUUUAAACUUGUGAACUUUUAAAUUGUAACUUAUUGCCAUUUAUGUUAUUGAGGUUUAUUUAUUUGAAGCAAUCUAUUUAUUAACUUUGUUUUGUAAAACACACACACACGAAAGCAUCCUUACUGAUUAUCAUGCGAUUUGCAGAUGUCUCAGUUAAUAUUUUAAGAAACUAUAUAGAGAACUGAAGAGGCAUAUUUUGUUUUGAGUACUUUUUAAAAACCUUUUUAAGUGCAGAUGUUUUAUAACUGACAAAACCUUUUGAUAAUUUUACAAAAAUCUUUUGGGGUUGUUCUUGUUUUUAUUUUUUUGUUUUGUUCAAUGUUAUUUCUGUUACUGCUACAUUCAGAAGCCCACUGCUGAGAAAAAAAGAAAGUAUGUAUUUAUUAUUUAUUUAAUAUGAAAGAAAUGGACUGAUAUGGCUGUAUAUUUAUUUUGUUAUUUAUUUCUGUGAUGUAACGGUUGAGUCUGAGUAGUCUUAAAGAUUCCACUGCUAAUAUUUAAAUAAAGAAAAUCAAUACAAAUACUGUUUGAUUACUUAGGCUUAUACCUAGACAUACCAGCAGCUGAUUGUAAAGACAGAAAAGAAACUAACAAGUGUUCUGUUGCUCUCUGCUCUCUGUGUGUUGUUUUGUCAGGUAAAAGAAAACCAGGAAAAGUUAUUUUCAAAAAUGAAAAAUGUUACCUCUCCCAAGCGCUUUGUAGCGGCCAGCACCGGCUCACCCUAACUCUGUAAUGUACCAUGGAUGCUUCUUAACUCUGUCUUAUUUAUACUUUCAUCAGCACAAUGGUACAUAUAUAGAGCUGUGAUCCAACAGUGGUUCAGGCUGGAUGUAUGGGUGUAAAACACACACACACACACACACACACACACACACACACACACACACACACACACACACACACACACACACACACACACACACACACACACACACACACACACACACACACAGCAACAUAUCGAGGAAACUGUAGGAUGGCCUCCUUUGACAAACUUCUAUCAGAUAAACAUACACACCCUUGUAGCCUUACUCUAGAUUUUAAUUUUUUGAUGCACAAAGUGCCACUAAAAAAAGAAGAAAAAAAGAACUCACUUUCUUUCCUGAUUCUUCGUAUUUCUGCAAUGUAACAAAUGUCUGGUCCCGGGCGACCAUGGCAUCAGAGAGCGGUGAUUGUUUCAGAUGCCUUUAUUUCUCUGCCAAGAUGGCCAUUAGUACACUAUAUAUACAUUCUGUAUAAAUAGAUUUUAAAGAUGCUAUAUAUAUGAAUAUAAACAUACAUAUAUUUUUCCAGUGUAAUUGUUGACUUCUUCUUCUCUUGUAUUACCUUAACAAAGGAUCACUAGUUGUGUAGGAGACCGCUCUCAGUAGGAGCCAGUUACACCUGAUUUAAUACCAUAAGACCUGCUCAACUGUGGCUUUAAACAAACCAUUCACUCAAGCUGAAGGCAUUGUUGAUCAUACAGUCCUUUGGAAGUGUUCAUAGGUUUCUUUCUUCUCAUUUCCUGUACUUGUCUGUCCUUGAUCCAGAAAUGUCAGAAACAUACUGUGUGUUGUACUGAAUCUGAAGUUACUGUCAUUUGAAACUACAUGGUUGGUUCCUAAGUGUAAUGUGAGUUCAUGUAUAGUUAAAAAAUGCCUCUGAAUAAUGUUCUGCACUUAGUGUUUGGCAGCAUUGUGCAGUCCUUGUAUUUUUACUAGUGAGGCCUGCUUGCUAU